CAAUUCACAAGUCUCUGUAAUUCCUUGCUCUGUGCAUUGAAAUAUUUGUAAACACAAAAUAUUAAGUUAUUUAUUGUUAAAUGCCGGGCAUGGCUAAGUUAUAAAUCAAACAGUUUUUUUUGUUAACAUGGCAGACAUAUUAGUAUGCCGUAUAUGUUUGUCGAAAGACAAGAAGUUGGUUAAUUUAUUUAAAAACAAAUUGGCGGAGCCAUUUGAAAUUCUUACUGGAAUACAAAUAUCCGAAUGUGAUGGUUUGCCACAUAAGAUAUGCAGCUUUUGCAGUACUCUUCUCCAGAAAUGUGUGACUUUUAAAGAAAAAUGCUUGAGCAGUCAUGAAUUUCUGAAAUACUCUGUGCUAGAACAUGGAAUGGUAUCUGUUAAUUAUCUACAUACAUUUAACAAAGAUUUAAAUUUCUCUCAGAUAACUAAAACUGACACAUUAACCGUAGACAAUAAGGAAGAACAGAUAAAAUUAGAAGAUACUUUAGAUGAAGAAACAUUAGUUGAAGAUACAAGAGUUGUAAGUAAAAAGAAAAUAAAAAAAGAGAAAAGGAAAAGAGAUAAUGAAGUUAUUAAUUUUGAAAAUGUAAUAGUUAAGAAAGAAGAGGAUGUUUUUGAUUACGAUGAUUUGGACUUCACGGUGACAGAUACAGCGGAAAUACCAGAAGUUAUACAGGAUGUAGAAAUUGUUGUAUUAAGUAAACAAGAACAGAUAGAUGAAGUGGAAGCGAGGAAGACGUCUGUGAAUUAUUUAAACUCCUUUUAUAAAUGUGAUAAAUGUUACAAAGGUUUUAUAACUGAAUCAACAUUUAGGAAUCAUAUGGCAAAAUAUGAUCCGAAAAAUGGUGAUUACGUGUGCGAGGUGUGCCGGGCGCGGCGGCCUAGCGCGCGGCUGCUGCGCGCGCACGUGCUCUCCUCACACGCGCGCAAAUACAUCUGCAAGAUAUGCGGACAUGUCUCACGAGAAAGUUACAAAGCUAAGGAACACUCAAAUUGGCAUAAAGGAUUUUCAUUUAUAUGUAAAAUAUGUGGGGCUUCUUUUGUUAAAUCAACAAGUCAUCUAACACAUAUGAGGUUACAACAUCCUUCAAAUAGUUCGUGUGAUAUUUGCGGGGAGUCAUUCAUUGGGGAACAUGGACUUAAAAUGCAUAAACGACGCGCUCAUAGAGAUGAACAGGAUCAAGAAACAAAAGUGUUAUCACAUUGUGAAACAUGUUCCGCUGAAUUCUUCAAUUUAGAUGCUAUGAAGAGACAUUUGGAUGUUGCAAAGAAUGGUAUAUGUGAUACUGAUCUAAGAUGGUGUCCAUAUUGUGGUUUGGGUUUGGAAUCAAUGGAAACCUACAAUGAACAUGUCAAAGUACAUCCAAAAGAAAUCGUACCCUGUCAAGAUUGCCCGCGCACAUUCGCGACAGCGCGCUCUCAGGCGACCCACUACCAGCGCGUUCACCUCGGCCUCAAACUGCGCCAGAACAAACCCACGCUCAAACACGCCGCAGAGAGCGCCGUCUGUGAGGUCUGCGGCAAGAAGUGUGUCUCCAAAGCUAUCUUGACAUAUCAUCAGAGGAUCCAUACUGGAGAGAAACCCUACCAAUGUUCUCAGUGUCCGAAGAAGUUUGGUUUACAGCAGCAAUUGACGAUCCACAUGCGUAUCCACACAGGAGAGUGUCCCUACAAAUGUCCACAUUGUCCUAAAGCGUUCAAACAUAAAGCCGCUCUCAACAGGCACGACCGGGUGCACACAGGAGUGAAGCCGUACAUUUGUCCUCAUUGCGGGAAAACUUUCACGCAAUCAAACUCUAUGAAACUACACGUCAAUACGGUGCAUUUGAAAAUGCCCGACCCUUACAGGAAUAGGCGGAAGAAAAACUUAUAAAUGUAUUCA